CUGGGCAUCACAACCAUCUGCUGUGCUGUAGUCAUCCGUCUCAUCGCCACAUUCCUCGCCAUGACGCCUUCUAAACUCACCUACCACGACCGAAUCUUUGUGGCUCUGGCGUGGAUGCCCAAGGCCACGGUACAGGCCGCUAUUGGCCCACUGGCCCUUGAAGCAGCUCGCAAAGCUGGUGAUGCCCAGCUCAUUGACUGGGGUGAACAGAUUCUUACGUUGGCCGCACUAAUUAUCAUCCUGACAGCGCCUCUGGCGGCCACCCUAAUGAUGGUAACUGCACCCUGUCUACUCACACAAGAUGGAGAUUUACCAGAAAAUGGUAAUGAUUCUGGAUCAAACGAUGUUAAAAAUAACAAUGAGGAACAAUUGGAAACAAUUUCCGUAAUUUAG